GCUACGACCAAUUGAGCCACGAAACGAAAGCACAACACUAACAACAGAAAAGGGCACAAAGAGAAUAAGCAAAGAAGUGUUGGGGGGGCCUGUCUUCGGCAAUCGAGACCAAACUGCCCCACUUGAGAGUUGUUCCAACUCUCUCACUUCUCCACUCUCCCCUUCCCUUUCUCUUUCAUUGCUCUGUGGGAGAGGAAGAGGAAGGAAGAAGAAGAAGAAGAAGACGAAUUUUAAUCACUGCUGUUCUCCCACAUUUCUCCCUUCCCUGAUUCUGCUCCUUUUUUGGUUAAAGAUCUACGAGAGAAUUAAGGCUUUGAAGGUGUGGGGAUGAGUUCGAUGAAUUUGUUUUAAAUAUAAAUCAACGUUUUUGACUUAGAACAACACAUCCAUAACUUCUUGAGGAGCAAUUCAACGAGAGAGGGCCAUCUUUUUGCCUCUCGUAUGGCUGUUGGUUAUGGUGGAUCAUCGUCGUCUUCGUUGUGUUAUAGUCUUUGCAGCUGCUAUGGAGAUCCUAAUUUGAGUGAGGGUAUAUUGGAUGUGAAUCAGAGCGGUAACCUGUCGGACAAGUAUGUUCUUGGGGAGCAAUUGGGAUGGGGUCAAUUCGGGGUUAUUCGGGAGUGCAUUGAUAAAACUGGAGGCGAAAUUCUUGCCUGCAAGUCGAUUGCGAAAGAUCGGUUGGUGGCGCAAGAAGAUGUGCAGAGCAUCAAGCUGGAGAUCGAGAUCAUGACUCGGCUGUCGGGGCAUCCUAAUGUGGUCGAUCUCAAGGCUGUUUACGAGGACGAGGGCUACGUGCAUUUGGUGAUGGAGCUUUGCGCGGGAGGCGAACUUUUCCAUAAAUUGGAGAAACACGGACGGUUCUCUGAAUUGAAGGCUAGGGAGAUUUUUAGACAUCUCAUGGAAGUGGUGAUGUAUUGUCACGAUAAAGGCGUCGUCCAUAGAGAUCUGAAGCCGGAAAACAUACUCCUGUCGAACAAGUCGGAUUCUUCCCCGAUAAAAUUGGCGGAUUUUGGUUUGGCGACCUACAUCAGGCCUGGACGGAGCUUAUACGGGAAAGUUGGAAGUCCGUUUUAUAUCGCUCCAGAGGUUCUUGCCGGCGGAUACGAUCAGGCAGCGGAUGUGUGGAGUGCCGGCGUGAUUCUUUACAUUCUUCUCAGCGGGAUUCCACCGUUUUGGGGGAAAACCAAGUCGCAGAUAUUCGACGCUGUCCGGGCUGCAGACCUGUGGUUUUCUUCGAAUCUUUGGGAUUCUGUGUCGGAUUCGGCGAAGGAAUUGAUACGAGGAAUGCUGUGUAAAGACACGUCUCGAAGGCUUACGGCUCAGCAGGUUCUAGAUCACCCUUGGCUGAGAGACGCGCAACUGCCUAACGACGGAUGUGACUUUGAACAAGGCUGUGUAUUGCCUCCUCAAGUGACGAGAAGUCGAGACAUUAGUUUUUGUGUAGGUUCUCCAGAAUUCAGUGGGUUUGAAUCGUCGCUCUCGUCUUUCCUCGUGGGCUCGUCCCGACUGCCUUCGGAAAACUGCGGAUUUUCUUUCCGUAACACUGUGGAGCUUCAGACUCCCGUCCCUGCGCUGCCGAGCUUUGCGUUCUUCGGCUCAAGUUUUGCGGUUGAAGUCGAACAAAGGAACGGUGCCUUGGAUUUGCCCGGAAAUUCCUCUAGAAUCGACUUGCUCCCUAGAGGUGAUGCUGAUGGGGAUCGAGAGGACGCGAGGAUUUCAGGCAGGAGGAACCACACAAUCGGGCUUGGCGAAGUCGAGCACCUGGUGACGGAAUCGGUGAUUCGAUGGGCGUCGUGCAACAACCUUCUGACGGCUGCGUCGCUCCGACCUUCGCUCGUCUGUUAGCAGAUUUGUCUCGACAAACUACUAAUGUAGUGUAAGAAGUUUGAACAAGCUUGGCGUAGCCGUAGGUGUGUUUAAGCAUAGGUAACGGGCCUAGUGUCUCAUUGUUUGUCCCUGUUUGGUUAAAACUGUUUGUGUAAAAUGUAAAGCUUCCUCUUUUAUGUAUCCCAUGUUUCUUGUAUCGUACUAAGAAUCGUUCUAUAAAAAAGAUUAACAAAAAAAAAAAAAAUACACAUCUUGAAAGAAUAUUAAAUUAUUAUUAAUUUUUUUUUCAAGAUUUGAAGGCUUUAUAAAAUAGUACUGUAUUUAGACUCGACGCUAAAAUCUACAUUUCUCCUCUGUACUAAUCACAAAAAUUGAA